GCAGUAGUUUUUUUUUAUGAUCCGCAGUUGGACAGUUGAAUGAAGUCAUUUAUCAAUGUCACACAAUCCCAUUUUUCCCCGUUUGGCCAUUAACAGACUUUCCACAGCAUUGACAACUGUGAGGCACUGGGAGAGCCAGUUGUACCAUGUCCUGCCUAACGAGUGUACUGCAGCUAUUGCAAGUGCUGACAACGAUUUCGGGCUGCAACAUCUACAAAUAUGUGCCACAAAAGCAGACAUUCCGGCUGAGCCCACAGUUGAAUUUGGCUGUGGGAGUAUGCCACGGCUUCUGGCUACGACCCUGGCUGUUGUCGAUCUUUGUAAUGUAUUCGAUAUUCUUCACCUAUGAGUUCGUAGAUGUUUUGGUGAAUUUGAAUCCGGGCAGUGACAGUGCAUUGAAUAUGUUCUACAUGGCAACGCGUUUCUUUAUGGGCAAUAAUACAAUUUUAAUUAGUUACUUUAUUGCCUAUUACUAUAUCUAUCAGCGGCGGCAGCUGCGGGACUUGCUCAACGGAUUUGUCCGGAUAUAUUAUAGAUACAGGGGAAUAUGCGGCCAGGAGCCCACCAUUAAUUGGUGUUUCUUUGUCAUACACAUUGUUAAAAUUGCUUCCGUGACCAUGCGACAAUCGCUACUCGACAUGAUCCCCUUCAUGUCCAGUAGCUCGAUUUUCUGUAUUUUCUUACGCAGCUCGGGGUAUCUUUUCGGCAGCAUUCAGCCAUUACUGAUGGGCGUGACUGCCCACUUGGGUAUUCUGAUCCUUUACUCUUGCUACGUUCUGCCCCCAUCCCGACCCAAUCGACAGAAGUUGAUCCAAUUGAUUGACUACUGCAAAAACCUGAUCGAGUUGCGACGAAAGUUUGAGUCGCUCAUCCGACCUCUGGUCUGGAUCUGCAUCAUGGAUGACUUUAUCUUCUUUGUGGGCACACUCCAUUUGUACUUGUAUGAGGAGCGCAUAUUGGGUCUCUAUUUCUACACUUUUGUAUUGGCAUUUUCCUAUCCGCUGUGUUUUGUCUACAUCAAUCUGGCCAUUGACUUUGCCCAAAGAGAGUUUGGACAAUUUAAGAAUAACUUCAAGCCCCAGCGUCAGUUGCAAAUGUUUUGGCUCUACCGUUUGGCGCUAUCAAACGGAGCGGACAAGAGCGAAUUUAAUGUAUUUCGCUUAAAUCGUGGCCACAUCUUGCAGGUCCUCAGCACUGGCUGGACGUGGGCCAUGUUUUCGAAUAGCAUUUACGUGAAUAGUACAGAAUUUCUGAGACAUAAGGAGAGGGUUCGGGAAAAGCGGCACUAGUGGAUUUUAUAUACAAAGUUCAUAGAGAGAUAGAUUGAUGAUUUUCGAGAGGAGUUUUUUGUAAUUUUUGACAAUGAAUUUUGUACUUUUGUAAUCUUUGAUAUAAAUAUAUGUUCCAUACUAUUUUGUCUGUAAUUCUUU